GUUGCUAAUCUUACCGCGAGCGAUGUCAUGAACCGAGUAAAUCUAGGAUAUUUACAAGAUGAGAUGAACGACCAUCAGAACACUCUUUCCUACGUUCUCAUCAACCCRCCUCCAGACACCAUGCUGGAGCUCAAUGACAUUGUGUACAUUAUCCGUUCUGACCCUCUGGCGGGCCCUAACGUGCCGGAGGAUCCAGCCCAAGGGCAGAGCAGCGGUGGCGGCCGGAUGAGGCAAGAAUUUGGCACUGAGACCAGGGACGAGACCCACCUCUGAAACUCCCUCACCUCACCCUGAUUGCCAACCCCCGGCACAAUAUAUAUAUAUAUACUGUAUAUAUAUAUAUACACACACACACACACACACACACAC